AUUCCCAGAACAUUUUGACUGCCUUCCGACCCUCGACCACAACCCCCCGGUCAUCGGUUAUAAGCACUGUACAAAACACUGUCGGCAACUCUUUGCAGAGUUUGCCUUUCUCCUUGCAGAGCAUUGUUACGCCUUUGGCACAGACAUUGGGCCUGGUUACUCCUCCUCCAGCACCAAUCCCCUGGUAUGCCCAGGUCAUCGAGAGGAUUCAACAGUUCGCACGUUACCCACUCACUAUACUUCGUAACGGGACGCUCGUACAACUCGUACCUACUCAUAUCGGGACAAUACCUAACGUUCUGCACCCAGCCAUUAUCCUCCAGAUGAUGGAUUCAAUCGCCCCUACGACAACCACUCGGCGUCCAUCAAUCUUAGGCACUCUCGGGGUCGGUCGUCGUACGACGCAGCCACCUUCAAAUGACCUUUUAUAUGACAAUUCGGCGGUACUGACAACAAAAAGACCCCACCAAUUGAAGCCACAGUCCCGUCCUCACCCAGCACAUACCUCCGAAGACAUGAUCACAAUUCGGUCAUUGUUGAACGCGCACAAAAAAAUCCCUUUGGUAACGGAGACUACCAGUAAUACCAGUAAUAGUUCCAAUUCUGGAGAGCAGUCCACAGUUUUGCUUAUAGCUGAGAUGGACGCCGCUGAUGAACCUUCGAAUGGAAUAGCUUUGCCUGGACUCGACAAUACAGCCGUGAGAAAGAAACUCAAUUCAGAACAACUCGAAUAAAUGGAGGCUGCAGGCCGACUGCAAUUUUUCAUCAAGGUUCCUAUAGCAAGCUCGUACAAAGCUAACUCAAUCGAAGAAGGUAUGAAGGAAUUGGAUAAACUAUCGCGGGUCCUUCAGGAGCCAAUACUGGACGACACGAAGAUCCGAGAGAUGGUGCGUGUGGACAAGAUUCCCAUUGACGAAGCCCUCAAAGACCUUUUGGCUGUCAUUAAGUUCAUGACCGUUGAACACCAACUCACUUUGCAAUCGCUGAGGAUUGUUUCCGUCGCCCUUGAAAAGCUCGCAAAGCGUAUGCACUUCGCAGCUCACCCGGAUGGAGCCCAUACUUCGACAAAGGUCGAAGAAGAGGCAGAUACUUCAGUGGAACAUCACGAACUGAUUCGCCGAGCCAUUCUCAGACGGAUUCGUAGAAAUGCUGCCAUUUUCGAAAAGUCGUCGCAAGCACCCUUCGCUGGCUUAUCAAGCGUCAUUCAAUUGAGACAGCGACCCUUGUUUUACGGAACGCAACGUGUCGAAAAUUCGUUAAGCGGUUUAGCUAUGCGCGAUCAUCUUCCGCCCCCUGACGAAAGUAUAUGGUCAACAAAGACUCGACUAUCGACAUCCGAUUCGACGGAGCGAGGUGCUGGCGCAGACUACGAAAGUCUGGAAGAAUAUAUUCAACUUCGGCGGUGCCAAGAAAAGCAGGACGUUUCGUUUGAGGUGGUCGAGGCAAAAAUUGUCUGCGAUGAAAAGACAAAGAAAUUUGUCAUGUACACUCUAGCAAUUAAAAGACCAGACAGCGUUGGAAGAGGGGUGGAAACCGACGCGGGUGAGGUAGAAAGAAGGUAUUCGGAUUUUUUGGCACUUCAGGAAGCGUUGAGAAGGGAACAACCUGAACUUAUUGCUAGUAUAGCUUUCCCUCGAAAAGCUCUGAUGGGUAAUUUUACUUCGGAGGUGAUCGAAGCGCGCUGCCACGGCUUUGAGGACUUUGUUACCGAAAUCUAUUUGCACAAGCAACUGCGGCUAUCGCCGGUAUUUGCCGAGUUCCUGUUUUCGCGAGACGGUCGCCACGGCCACCAACUGAUGACGCAAGGUGCUUUCCGAGAAGCGUCUCCAGUACUGCUCAACUGUCACCGUGUCACAGAAAAGCUGUAUGGAUUGAAGGACCCCGUAGCCUUCAUAGUCCUCUGCCUCGUGGUCGCUUGUUUGAACGCAUGCGAUGAUGUCGCACAUGCACUCAAGUACGCCGAACUGGCUGUGUCUGCGGUGUCUAACCACGAGCACCGCAGCGAUAUUGCCAUUCCACUGUUGAUUCUCUCGUUACGACUGUUUUCUACCGCUGGCCGGAGUCGUACACCGGUUGAGAAGGCGCUCCGCCGUUUUGAAGAGCUAGGACAGCCAACAGUGAAUUUACCCACGUUACUGGCAGUUGUUCUACGAAUCGACAUCUCUACUGUGUUUCCUUCACCCCCGAACGGCGGACUUAACCAUACACCGUAGCACCGGGCCAGCUACUGGUGCCUGUGGCCGCCAGCUUUGGCCUGAUCAGGUCAAAGAUGUAUGUGGCGAUGAUAGUGCCGACGAUUUUGUUAAUGGUGAUAAGGGCAAGUCGCUCUUGCCACGCGCCUCCAAUAAUACUGGCCACCUACCGCAUAACAGAUUUAGGACACCGCGACGUUGUCGACGUGACUGCUAACGCAUACGAUUCCUUCAUUGUCGUGACCAGCAACGACAUACCAUCAACAAGGUCACCCGUAACUCUAGCCAGGUAUCUGGAAGCAGGCAACGAGAUAUAAUAAAAAGAGCGACGUUGACUUAACCCGAUUAUCGGGAUUUCUA